UCAAAAUUACAAUACGAUAGAUGCGUCCAAACCAAAUUUCAGAAGACAAAUACUCUAAUCAAUAAUGUAGUAUUCUGUGCAAAUGAAUCAAAUAUUUUCAAGAUUCAUAAUCAGCAUGAAAAUACGUCUAUUGCAUUUGUCAUGGAAAAUUAUAAAAAUCAUAAAGAAAAUAUAAUGCAUCUCAUGCAGACUUUAAGACAUUUACAUUUGGAAAUUACAAGAAUAGGAAGACAAAUUAAUUCUGAUUAUUGUGUGCAAUUUCUGUUCGAAUUGACAGUCCAUUUUACAGUAGUAACAUCGAAUGCUUAUUAUUUAUAUUGUGUUUUUUCUGGUCAUAUAACGGUCAAUAAUGAAAAAGUUAUUGCCAUGACAAUAUGGGGAAGCAUUUAUUUACUUAAAAUUAUAUUAAUAAAUUGGCUUUGCACGAGUGCGUCAACCGAGGCAUAUAAAACAAGUGAAAUUCUACAAUCUUUUGAAGGAUCUAUUAUCGAUAAUGAUAUGAGAGAAGAGAUUCAUCAAUUUACACAACAAAUAGUGCUUAAUUCAUUAAACUUUUCUGCUUGUGGUUUCUUUUCAAUUGAUAAUUCACUUACUGGCAAGUCACAACAUUUUUUGCCCAAUACCAUAUGAUACUGUGCUUAACAUAUAUAUAUGAAAACAAUUCAGCUAAACUAAAACUUAUUCUUGCCAACGACAUA